AUGCCGGUUUUACCGCCCCUUCGCACCAGCGGUCGAUCGCACUCGCUGUUUUGCGGGCUGGCUGGCGACAGUCAUAAAUCAGAGAUUGCAAAACAUGUUACCGAUCGCCAUCUCUUCCGUCUCAAAACCAUGAUCGUCAGCCUGUUUGUCUUCUGCUUCCUUCUGCUCUCACUGCCGGACGAUCACUCUGCAGUGGUAGGCGCCAUCACCUGGGACACCGCCCUGGUCGCCGGCCCGGACGCGACCAUGUUCAACUCGAACGGCGAGAAGCUGAAGUUCGGAUCGAUAACAGCCAAGGACGAGCCAAUCGGAUCCCGAAACGCGACUGCGCCCUCGGAACAUAAUCAAACGUCGUCGAACAGGUAAGC